GUGUUGAAUUUAGGAUGCUGAGCCCUAGACACGGUGAACCACUUUUACCACCGUAUGGCUAAUUUAACCCUUUGCCUGUAUAGCCGAAUAUUUAACCUUAGUCUCCGUAAUUUUCUUGAAAUUCAUGGUCUUAAUAACAUAGAGCAAUUGUUCUGGCCGGUCUCCAGCCAUCUCCCUCCCACCACCAAAAAAAACAAAACAAAUGUAAAUACAUCGUCAGCCGCGCAGCUUGCUAUCACCGAGUCACACACACACGCACGCACACCGGAAUAACUGUCGUCACGCUUGACAAGGUCCCCGCCUGUGUGAGGCAGGCAGACACUCGAGGAAGCUGCUGCCCAGGUGAGUGAUCAGGUGUAUUGUGUCCCGCUAAGCACACUGUCUGCUGCCCAGGUGACUGAUCUGCCGGUUGGUUGUCGCUACGCACGCUCUGUCUUCCUCCAGGCUUCGCGGAGUCGACGAGGGCAGGUCAGGGUGACUUUGCCCAAAGUUGUCUGCAAACACUUCUUUUGCUUCAUUUUGUUCAACCUUACAAGUGCGUGUGCCGGUGUGGGUCUGUGUUGCAUGCGUUCGUGCGCACGUCACUGCUGGGAAAGGGACGGUAAUCCAAAUAACAACUUCCUGUCCCGACAAAGGUGCACGGUGUGCUCGCGCAGCACUUCUACGUCUUAUCAACGUGAUGUCGCCGGGCAUGGAUGUAGCCGCGUGGAUUCGCAUUACCAUUUGUUUAUCGUGCCUCCUGAGGUUAUUCUCGCCUACCACCUCGGCACAAGAGGCUCAAUGCACAGUAGGAGCCGGAGUCACGACUAGUGAGGACAUGGUCUUGCAGUGCAGCUUUAAGAUCCACGUGACUUCCUUUACAGUGGAGCAUCGCCGGAAGUCACCACAAAAUGAAACAGAACAGAUUCUCGUCAUUUCCUGCUCGCCCUGUAAGGUAGAUGGCGGGUACACAAAGGUCAUCAUCCCCAUGUUUCCGGAGGACACAGACAGUGGCGAUGUCUGGCGGUUCAGGGUUUUAGUUGCACCAGAAACAAGUGGAGUGUACCGAUGUUUCGGGUUUCACAACAGCAGCAGCUACAACGCCGACUGUGUUGUUGUUACCAGCCACGAGAAUGAAACAUCAGAUGCAGUGCCGUCUGGUGGCUCCAGCUCUCAGCCACUACUCUGUUUACUCUUGCUGUUUCUUGUGCCAGUGGUCGCGGCUGCAAUGUUCUUCCUUCUAAGGCGAGUGUUAUUUCGCACUUUAGGUGCCGCGGUCAAGGCUUCCACCCCGGGUGCGUCCACGACACGUGACAGCUCUGAGAAGCCUCUGUACUUGCUACAUCGUGUCAGACGCGCGCUUUGUCGGCGACCCGACAGUGACGAUGAUGGAGACGCACAGCACGCGGAAACAAUCAACCUGUUGUCGCCCUCUGACCCCGCCACCUCUGACCCCGUCACCUCCUCUCCCUCUUCUCUCGUGCACAGCGGCGAUGACAGUCAGCUCGCUGGUGUUGUACCUGCUGGAGGUAACUGCGACAACGGUAGCGGCCACGACUCACCAGAGGCUGGGGAAGCAGUGGAAGUUAGUGAACAGGCCAUCUACGAAAACAUUCCUCGGAAACCUGGUGAGACGUGGAGGGACGGUCGUCUUGAGGACUCUCGCGAUGUCAGUGACGAUCGUGUCGAUGACCGUUUAAGCUUUGUUUCCGCGGAUCUGAGGGGGGAGGUGGGAACUGCACGAGACAGUCAGGUGUGGAGCAUCUACAGCGAGGUGACUGACAGCAUCGAUGUCUGACGAUGGCGAUGGAGGGAGGACUCUGCGAGGGAACAUUAACAGUUGCCUGUGUAGUAAUGAUAAUGAAUCGGACAACUAAGGUCAUCUAGUGCAGAAAGUGUUGUAACAAUCUGUCAUUGUUACCAUCUUGUUCUGCUGGACUCAGAAGAAAUAGUUAUCACCCUUAUCUGUCUGAAACUCAACGUUUGCGGGUCGUUUCCGCUGGAGGUUCUCGCAUAUUUCUAGUGGAGCAAUUUUAAAAGUACGUCCACUGUGAUCACAAGCAUGGUCAUUGUCACGCAAGACUAGCCCCAAUACUUUAACAUGUUUUUCGGUUUUAUGUAAAAAAAUAUUCUGCGGAGUAACAUUUUAACAUUUUAUCUUUUUAGGUUACUGCCCUAGAGACACGUUUGAGAUAUUGCAAGUGCAUUGUCUGGACUGAUAUUCAUUGUCCACUUCAUUCUUGAUUUCAUUUGAGUAUUUAUGAACGUGUUAAGCCGCCCACCUGUCCUGAAUACUGUAUCGCACGUGCACGGCAUGAAUAUAUAUAACUGGAUACCCAACGGAUGAACAUAGAAACGAUGGGCGCACGAUUUUAGGUAAUCAGGACAAAAUAGUCCUGCCUGCGUUACAACCAUUGAAUGUAUCAAAGGUCUUCUGCAUGUGUAACCGAGCUCACGGGAUGGACCUUGAGUCUAGCAUUCAGCAGUCGCUUAGUGUGUAUAGUGUGUGUGCCUGUGUGUGAGUGUGCCUGUGAGUCUGUGUGCGUGUUUGUGGUAUUGAGAGAGAGAUUUGCACGUUCACUGACCUAUUGUUUAUCUUACCCGAGACAGGAAUAAGAUUGUUUCUCGACGAGGGGAAAAUGGAGAAGCUUUGAUUUUUUUUUUUUAGUCUCCUAAAUUUAAAUGUCAUGUGACAUCAAGCAAGAUGUAGAGUAUUCCUAUUUGUUGACUUACUCUCACUGAUUCACAUACGCACACAUGGGCUCUCUCUCUCUCUGUCACACACACACACACAGACGCACGCUCGAUCGCUCGCUUGCACUAACACUUGGAUAUUCAUGUUUCUCAUAUUUUUAUUAUUUAUUUUUAUGCUAGUUAUGUUAGUGAAGCUUUGCCAUGUCUCUCAUGUUAAUGAGAAAAUAAAAGAAAGUACUUGCGUAAUUAGAAAUUUUAUUUUUUAAUCCAAGGACAUGAAAAAUAAGACAAUCAACUAUAUUUACAGUGUAUGUGGUAACUUCAUCAAUAUUCAAGAAGAUAUCACUUUAGAAGAAGCAAGCCAGGCUGUUAAAAAUGUGUAAUGGGAAAAAUUCAGGGAGUGAUGGAUUUACUGUGGAACUUUUUAAAGUCAUUUGGAAACAAUUUGGUCCUUUCAUUGUUAGAUCUCUUAAUGAAGGCUUUAGUAAAGGUGAAUUAUCUUCUACACAAAAAGGUGUAAUCAUGUAUUCCCAAAGUAGAUAAACCUAGAGCUGGAGACCAAUCACUUUACUAAAUGUAGUUUAUAAGACUGGCUCAACGUGAAUUGAAAACAGAACGAAAAAUGUUUUAUCACCUCUAAUUCACGAAUACCAAUCUGGUUUUAUCCAUAGGAGAUACUUAGAGGAUAAUGUUAGGCUGAUAUACGAUUUGAUUGAACAUUUGAAUAUAAAUAAAGAAUCUGGUUUGUU